UAAUCCUCUAUCCAACUUAAACUCAUUUCGUCUCAAAAAAAUAUUUCUUUAACUUCAUUGUAUAGAGAAAGAGAGAGAAAGAAAAAAAUCAGUGAGAAUGGCAGCUUGCACUGUCUACUCAACACAAUCACUAAGAACAAACAUCUCAAUUCCAACAUCAUCAUCAUCAAAAACACAUCUUGGUUUUAAUCAAAAACAAGUAGUUUUCUACACAACAAGCAAAAAAAGCAGAACCAACAACAACAAAAGAUAUUUGAUAACAUGUAAAGCAGGUGAUUCACAGACAAUUGUGAUUGGUCUAGCAGCUGAUUCUGGCUGUGGAAAAAGCACUUUCAUGAGAAGACUCACAAGUGUGUUUGGAGGAGCAGCAGAACCACCAAAAGGUGGAAAUCCUGAUUCAAACACACUUAUAAGUGACACAACAACUGUGAUUUGUUUGGAUGAUUAUCAUUCAUUGGACAGAACUGGUAGAAAAGAAAAAGGUGUCACUGCACUUGAUCCAAGAGCUAAUGAUUUUGAUCUUAUGUAUCAACAAGUUAAAGCUAUUAAAGAUGGAAUUUCUGUUGAAAAACCUAUUUAUAAUCAUGUCACUGGUCUUUUGGAUCCUCCAGAGCUUAUUAAACCACCAAAAAUCUUAGUCAUUGAAGGUCUUCACCCAAUGUAUGAUUCUCGAGUCAGAGAUCUUUUGGACUUUAGUAUCUACUUAGACAUUAGCAAUGAAGUGAAAUUCGCUUGGAAAAUUCAGAGAGACAUGGCAGAGCGAGGACAUAGUCUUGAAAGUAUCAAGGCUAGCAUUGAAGCAAGGAAGCCUGAUUUUGAUGCUUUUAUUGAUCCUCAAAAGCAAUAUGCAGAUGCAGUGAUAGAAGUGUUGCCAACACAACUAAUUCCUGAUGAUAAUGAGGGAAAGAUUUUAAGAGUGAGGUUGAUACAAAAAGAGGGUGUUAAGUACUUUAGCCCAGUUUACUUGUUUGAUGAAGGUUCAACCAUUUCAUGGAUACCAUGUGGAAGGAAGCUUACAUGCUCUUAUCCUGGCAUUAAGUUCUUCUAUGGACCAGAUACUUACUUUGGAAAUGAGGUGUCAGUUGUAGAAAUGGAUGGACAAUUUGACAGACUAGAUGAACUAAUAUAUGUGGAGAGCCAUUUGAGCAACCUCUCUUCAAAAUUCUAUGGAGAAGUAACUCAACAAAUGUUGAAGCAUGCUGAUUUCCCUGGUAGCAACAAUGGAACAGGUCUUUUCCAAACCAUAGUUGGUUUAAAGAUAAGAGAUUUAUUUGAGCAGAUAGUAGCCAGCAGGGCUGAGACUCCAGUAGGAGCUGCAAAAGCUUAGGAAAUUGCCAUAUAUAUAAAUAUUGGAUAAGGCACCCAUUGAAUUGUAUUUCAAAAGUUAUUAUUUUCUUAUUUUUAUGUAUUGUAUGUUGUAUUUUAUGAUAAUGUGAAAAGACUCUGCAUGUAUUUAUGUAAUAUGUUGUUACUUUAUAAUAUAGAGGACAAAAAGCAGGGCUGAGAUUUCAGCUAUGUUGAUAAAAAAAUAUUGCAACAAUUUGGUAUCA